AUGUCAAGGCAUCCAUCUGCAUCUGAGACUACCCCGUCGACUCCCCCGGUGACACCUGCUGCGUCUGCCCAACAUGAUUGCUCUGAACCAUCUGGCUCCCUUCACGGCAAGCAGCGGCGCCACCGCGACGCUCGGGACCAGCUCGCCCAUCUCGAUCCUCAUCAAGCUCCCUCUCCAUCCCGCGCAGAAUCCCCCACGGCUCGCCAGUGGGCCAAUCCUUCCUCCUCCAACUUUGCUCUAAAAAGGGCCACAACUGCUCCCAUCGAGGAAAAGCAUUCUUCUCGUCCCGGUCGCUCUUACACAAGUCACAACAGCCCCCCUCAGCUGUCUGAGAGGGACAGCAUCUUCGCAACACAUUAUCUUCCGUCCGACAACGAAGCUGCAAAUUCGCCGCGACUUCCACCCGUCGAGGAUGCCCAUCAUGACGCCUCAACAAGGUUGACUCCUCACCUCGAGAAGGCGCCAUCCUCUUCCUCCUCGUUUACCUCCAAGAUCCUACCCAAUCACCAUCGCGUCGGCCAAGCCUCCCACAUGGAAGUUGACAUACACAGAACCCAUCCAUUACACCCCGCACCUCUCCUUCCCUCCCGAUCUCCAUUUUCGUUGCCACCGGACGAUCUUGAUGUAACACUGGGCAGGGAAGGUCUGGAAAUAUCCGACCGGGGUUCUCUUCCGAGUUACACCCGCGGCGGCGUCCAUCGUUCUCUUGAUCCGUCUCCGCUGAACGACGAUUCUCCGAGGCCACAACACUUUGUGAUAGCUCCGUCCGAUAACCGAUCUGCAGGUGCGAGUUCUGGGAGCAGCUCGCACCAAAAGGACGCGGCGCCCUCGAGGGAUAUAGCGCAUGAACACAAGCUGGAGCGCAGCUCCAGUCGAAGUCGGCGGGGAAGGGUGGAACACUCCAUUGAAGCCAAUCUCACCAAUGCAGAGCCAACUGCCCAUGUUCGAAGCCGUAAGUCGAGUCACUAUCUUGGUUUAUUCAAAGAGAAUACCGCUACUUCUCCAGACCGCAAGCGAAGAGACGACCGCGUUCCUCGACAUGAUGGCGCACUGGACAUGCACGAUCAGGAGCAACUAGAGCAGCCGCAUCUCAAACACGAUCACACCGAAGCCGAGGUCUCAAAAUUCUCAGAACUGCGUGGAUUUAGGAGCAUGCCCCAGCUCGCCAACAUUCCUUUAAUCCCCCCGACCGCGAGUGGCGAAUCACACUAUGACACUCUGGUCGAGGACAUUCCCCCGAAAGUUCAGCCAAAGGUGCUGCCACGAAGCUUGCUUGAAGAGAUCCGAAACUUUCACCUCACACCUGGUGGCGCCCGCGGUACCUCGUUCUCGAGGAGUAUCCCCACCCAAUAUGCGGAAAGAGGUAGGGGUAGCUAUGUGCAUACCCACUCCCCGCUCUCGGACACUUCUGUGGAACACCGCCGCGGCUCGGCCCAGCUUGAUGAAGAAGAGGACGAGCAAAUCUCUUCGGCGGUGUACUUUCCACAUGAACGUGUUGCAGUUUCCGAAGAAGUCGACCAGGUUCAACCCUUUGAUAAAGGGCCACAUGCUUUGCCGUCAUAUGAUGAAUCGGCGGCAGAGAGUAGCCGCGUUCUAAUGCCAGAGAGACGUGCAGCUGCUGCCGAGCAAGAGGCUAAUCAUGUGGAUAUAUCCCUUCGAUCUAAAAAUGACAGUAGAAUCUUGCACGGCGAUCUUCAGGACAGGAAGACUCCACUAGAAGAGCUAAAUGAGAAGACUAUUGAUUCCAUGUUCCAACGCCAUAUUGAGUACUCAACUGGCGAAGAUUCUGAACCACUGUCCGCAGAUGACAGUGGAACGUCUGUCCGUGAUGAAGAUUCUAGCGUGACCGACGAGGCCGAAGUCACGCCGACAGCUACCCCCACGCAACGUCAUCAUCAUGUCCCCCGUCCUCGCCGGACCCAAGACGAAGUAACACCAGUCGGUGCCGUGGAGCUGAAGCCAUAUCGACACCAAGUGGGCGGACAUACGACCGUUUUUCGAUUUUCCCGGCGAGCAGUGUGUAAGCAGCUCAACAAUCGGGAGAACGAGUUUUACGAACGGAUCGAGCGCAGACAUCCAGAAAUGUUGAUGUUUUUACCAAGAUACAUUGGCGUUUUGAAUGUGACUUUCUCGAAAAAGCGGUCCAAGAAGCCGUCGGACAACCAGGCAGAGCAUACAGAUGUGGACUAUUUUACCGAUGAUCACCAUGGUGAAAAGAGGGCCGUCACAGCGCCAGACAAUAACGCGUCCCAAGCUACGCAACCGGCCGAAAAGGAGCGUAUCUUUAGCCAGAAACAAGUUACCGGCAUAGUACCGAAAGUAAUCCUCGAGAACAAUCGUCAUAUUAUCCCGAUGGAUCUAUUCUCUGGCCAUCAAAGACCCCGCUCUGCAGACGCGCCCCCGUCUAGGAGGCAUAUGUUCUCACAUCAGCCUGCAUUUGCCGUCGGAGAACAAAGCCCGCAAACGAGUGGGAUGGGAUUCAGUCCGCCUCCCGUGAAAAAGACCUGGGGCGCCACAACCGUGAACCGAAAGCUUCAAGAACAGGUACUCAGGGAGGUCUUUAGCCCACCCGCGAUCCACCACCACAGGCGCCACGCUAGGGGUCACCUCACUUUGCCAAGGACAUCUUCCGAUGGCCACCGUCGACUGGUGAACUUGCCGCAGGAACGAGCCCUCAGCAAACCCCCAACACCACUGCAAAACGAGUCCCCGCGGGCCGCUGCCAUUGACAUUGUCAAGAAAGAAGGCGAAGGCCCCGGACUCUCGUCAUCCGCAUCAACGGCCCUUGAAGCCACCCAGAAGCGUCUUGAGUCGGUGAGUUCGGAAGGUGUUCCACACCGCGCCAGCUCCGUAUCCCAUGCUCGAAGGGUUCGGCGCCGUCACUCGGGAAGCGGCCUGCAGCGGCGGGGAACCAUGGAUUCUAACAGUGGUGGCGGAGACCUGAUGUUCUUUGAGGAUGAGGGAUAUGGCGGCGAUAAGGAGGAUGAGAUCUUUGCGAUGGAAGAUGACACCGUCGUGUCAUCAUCGGGCGUGUCAUCCUCUACUUCGCGUGAGACGGCGCUGUCGAGCUCCCUACCUUCGAAAGGGCCGGGCGUUGUUUCUGAAAAUGGGUGGACAUCCAAUCGCCACAACCAUGAUCCUGACAAAAGCGCCCUCUUCCCCGGACUCAACCCGAGCACCUCCGCAGAACCUCCGGCGAAUCCAAAGGAAGCACAGACGAGAAAGGAUGAAAGAGUUCAAUUUUUCUUGCUUCUGGAGGAUCUGACUGCAGGAAUGAACAAGCCGUGCGUGUUAGAUUUGAAGAUGGGGACCCGCCAGUAUGGCAUCGAAGCCAAUGACAAGAAGAGAAAAUCUCAGAGACGCAAGUGUCAAAACACGACUUCUCGACAACUAGGCGUCCGCCUUUGCGGUAUGCAAACCUGGAACGUGAAGAAGCAAGAGUACACCUUCGAGGACAAGUACUUUGGUCGCGAUCUCAAAUCUGGUCGUGAAUUCCAAGAUGCACUUACUCGGUUCCUUUAUGAUGGCAUUAGCUACUUGAGUGUUGCCAAGAAGAUACCUGUUAUCCUGGAGAAGCUGGCGAAAUUAGAGCACAUGAUCCGGAGACUUAAGCGCUACCGUUUUUAUGCGAGCAGUCUCCUGAUCCUCUACGACGGCGAACAGACCCCUGCACAGAAGCAUACUCAGCUCGAGCCUCCCACGAGCACCAAUGGACGGAAACCUCUACAGCGCCGUGUGUCUGAUGAUGGACACAAUAACAUUGACGUUCAAUUGAAGAUUGUCGACUUCGCCAACUGUAUCACGGGCGAAGACGAAAUUUCUCCCGAUGCCCCUUGCCCGCCUCAGCAUCCAGAUGAUAUUGAUCGCGGCUACCUCAGGGGCCUCCGUACUUUACGGAUGUAUUUUCAACGCAUCAUGAAAGAAGUCAAUCAAGACGAGUACAUCGAGCGAGGUGAAGGUGAAGGCAUGGCCCUCAAUCCUCAGCUGCCUGGCAGCGACCACGCCUCCGAGCGAUAUUGGGAUGAGAACGUCAUGGAAGACGAUCCUGGAGACGUCAGCUUCUGA